UAUGAAUAAAGAUCAUCUAAUUUAUGGUCUUUGUUUCAGUAUAAUUCCGUGUUUGGUUGCUUUCACUAAGUGGAAAUUUAACUAGAAGAAAUUUCAAAUGAAAGAAUUAUUAUACAGAAAAAUGCUGUUAAACUCUGAAUUACAAUAAAAAAAGACUGAAUAAUAGCAAAAAAAUUUAAAAAGUGAUAUAGAAUUAGGGGAGACAAUAGAAUAUAACCUAAAGAAUUCAUUAAUAAAAAAUAAUCAUUCAAGAGUUAGAAAAAUUUGUAUAACAGGAGGUCCUUGUGCAGGUAAAACAACAGGACUCAACUAUCUUGCAGAGAAAUUGAAAGAGAGAGGGUUUGCAGUAUUUUUAGUUCCUGAAGCAGCAACAACAUUAUUUAUGGGUGGUGGUAUGUUGGAUUUAGAUAAUUAUUCAAGUGAAGGUAAAAUGACAUUUUAAAUGAAUUUGCUUAAUUUAUAAAUGAAGUUAGAACAUAGUUUUCAUGUACUUGCGAUGCUAUGUCCAGCAAAUAAGACUCCUGUAUUAUUAUGUGAUCGAGGUUUAAUGGAUGGUAAGGCUUAUAUGGAUUAAACUGAAUGGUAUGAAAUGAUUGGGAAAUAUAAUUUGGAUGAAUUUUAGAUGAGAGAUUUAAGGUAUGAUGCAAUUGUACAUAUGGUAACAGCAGCAGAUAGUACAGAUUGUUAUAGUACACUCAAUAAUAAAGCUCGUCAUGAAACUUAAUAAUAAGCUUUGGAAAUGGAUCAUAGAACUUAAGAAGCUUGGACUGGACAUCCAAAUUUAAUUAAAAUUGAUAACCAUAGUGUUUAAUCUUUUAAUGAAAAAUUAGAUUGGUUACUUCAUGAAGUCUUAAGAGUUUUGGGUCAUUUAAUUCCAUAAAAACAAAUUGGAAAAAAUAGAUAAUUUAUAUUAGCUUAAGAUAUUAAUUUUAAUUAAUUGAAAGAUGUAAGAAUAUAUAUAUAUUUUCUCUUUAGGAACAUUAAAUUGUUGAAAUAAAUAAGACCUAUUUAGUUCCACAAUAAGAAAAUUCAACUCUUCUAUUAGUAUAAAGAAAACAUGAAGGAUAAUCACAAUUAUAUAUAAAGGAAAAGUUUUUUGAAAAGGAUAAGAUGGUGAAAGCUAACAUAGUUAAACUUUAAAAAAAAGAUUAUGAAAUCUUUAAAAAAUUAGCUCAUCCUGAAUUUGCUAUAAUUAAUAUAAAAAAAGUCUGUUUUACUUAUGAAGGAUAGUAUUUUAUUGUGAAUGAAUAUGAAGAUGUCGGUUAAUUUUUAAAGAUUAAAAAUUGCAAAUAGCAUAAAUAAAUCAAAAUUCCACCUUUUGUUAAUAUGUAGGGUGCAGAAGAAUUACAGAAGGUAAUUGUUUAUUUGAAUUUUAGAAAUUCACUACCAGACUCUUAGCAAAAGAAAAGGUAGAAUUAAAAUUUCAAACAGUUAAUUAAAUUAUAUAUAGAUUCAGAAAAUUGUCUGCUGCUGAGGAUUCAGUCGAAAAAGUUUAAAGACAAGACUAAGAACUUCCUGAAGACUUUUAAUUAGAUUAAUAAUACAAUCAAGGAAAUAAAAGUCCUUAACUAAAAUAAUAAUGAUUUAAAGUAUAUAUCUACA